AUGAAGGGCGUCAUUACCAUCCUCACCAUGGCCAUCGCCACGACAACCCUGGCCUUUCCUCACCGAUGGGUAAGAGACGACAACAGCACCGACACAAACACCAUCCGCGUGUCAGCUCCUAUCCUCGUGCCGACACCCACCACCAAACUCCUCCCACCAGACACAACCCUCGUCCCGACUCUCAGCACUAAACUCUUCCCACCCUCUGUGUCCGCCGCGACGGCCCAGCUCGAUUCCACGAACAAUGUCCUCGUCACGCUCACGCCGGCCCCGAGCCCGAGCCCGAACUCGAACUCGAAAUCGGACUCGAAAUCGGACUCGAAAUCGGACUCGAAAUCGGACUCGAAAUCGAACUCGAAAUCGAACUUGACUGCCGCGAGCAAGAGUGAUCCGGAGAAUAAUGAUGGGAAGAAGGUUCAUAUCGUUGGCUCGGUAAGUUAA